AUGAACAGAAGAGGCAAAGUCUAUGGCUCUAAGGAAUUUAACAUUGACUGUAAACUAAAGGAGAGGAUAGAGGAGAAUGGUUAUAAUACCUAUGCAUCUCUAACCUGGAAGAACAAUGAGAGACAAAUGUUUGUGGCACUAAAUGGUAAAGGAACCCCAAAAAGAGGACCAAAAACAAGAAGGAAAAGCACAAAUGCCCACUUUCUUCCUAUUCCUCUAUAG